AUGGGAAAGAUUAGGAGCCCCAACGAAGAUCCUAAAGAUAAUUUCUGGCUACACAAUACCAUUCGCAACAAAGCCACCAUCUGUCCCCUUGCGCGAAAACCAAGAAAGAUUUACGACAAGAAACUCCAAUGCAAUGUCCAAGGAAUUAAAAGCUCUCCGCAGGUCAGGUGUAGUAGAGAAGUGCGAUGCCGCAAACGGGUUCUUGUCUCGGAUGUUUUUGAUCCCAAAAACCAACGGAAAAGUGAGGCAAAUAUUCGAUCUUCGUCGCCUGAAUUUUUUUCUCAAACCUGCAAAGUUUCGCUUAAUAAACCAGAAUCACAUUCCAAAUUUUCUGCAGGAGAACGAUUAUCUGGGCAAGCUAGAUAUCAGUCAGGCAUAUUUUCAUAUCCCCAUAAAGAAAAGCCAUCGCAGAUACCUUGCAUUCGCUUAUGCAGGCGAGAUCUUCCAGAUGACGGCCCUUCCAUUCGGGCUAUCCAGCGCGCCAUUAGCGUUCGCCCGAGUCAGCAAGUGGUUAGCGAGUUACCUGAGGGAGAGGGGAAUUCGAGUUCUCGUAUAUCUAGACGACUUUCUGUUCGCGAACCAAGAUCCAAAUUUACUGGAGGGACAGAUCAAAUAUGUGGUAAAUCUUCUACAAAGCCUUGGCUGGUGCGUGAACUUACAAAAAUCGGUAGUAAAUCCCAGGAAACAAAUAGAAUUUCUAGGCAUUAUUUGGAACACCGAAAUAAAUCAAAAGUGGUUACCACGCGAAAAGGUAGUCCGACUACUGACAGAUCUAGAUCUACUCUUAAGAACAAAGCGUUGGUCUUGGCGGACAGGCACAGCUCUGACAGGAAGGCUAGGCUUCGCGUCACUCGUAAUCCCGCUUGGCCGAUUGCAUACCAGACACCUUCAAAGGGCAUGUCGAAAGCUGUCACAAGAUCGACCGAGCCAAAAGAUUGCACUAACGUCGCUGGCACUCGACGAUUGUUCUUGGUGGAUGAAAAACGUCGUAAACUCGAGCAAGAUUUUUGUGCCAGAACCAACGAUUUUCAUAAGCACCGAUGCCUCCGACGAAGGCUGAGGAGUACAGCUGAGCGAUUUUCAUCAUUCAGGAAAGUGGACAGACGAUCAAUUGAGGUGGCACAUAAACAGAAAGGAGCUCUUUACCAUUUACAUAGCACUAGUGGAGUUUCAGGAUAUCUUGAAAGACCAGUCUGUUAUGAUACAAUCCGACAACCGAACAGUAGUAUCUUACCUGCGAAAUCAGGGAGGUACACGGUCGGUGUUGCUUAUGGAAAUGACAAGGAAGAUACUGUUAUUUGCAAAAGUUCACGAUAUAACAGUCCAGUCAUAUUAUCUUCCAGGACGUUACAAUUCAGUGGCCGACAGCCUGUCGAGAAACAAGGUUCUGCCGGAUUGGCACCUGAAGGAGGAGGUCACUCGCAAAAUAUUUUUGAGGUGGGGCACCCCUCAGAUAGAUCUGUUUGCCACGAGUCAGUCAAGAGUAGUUCCAGUUUAUGUCUCAUUAGAAGCGAGAGACCCCCAGGCUCAUUACAUCAAUGCAUUCAGCCGAAUUUGGGAUUACCACUUAGCAUGGGUAUUUCCCCCUCCACCGCUUAUACCCAGAAUUCUUCACCACCUCAACAGAGCGUCCGGGAUAUACCUAGUAGUGGCCCCACGCUGGAAAUCAGUGUUUUGGAGAAACGACCUCAAACGCAGAGCAGUAGAAGCACCUUACCAGAUAUUCAAUCUGAGCAAGAAUCUAGUGGACCUGUCAACCAACCAGCCACCACCAAAAGUAGCGGAGUUGUUUUUAGAGGUUUGGAAGAUACGGGGUGGGGCAGGCUGGUAACAGGCCUGGACCCUAAUGACAUUGAGUUAAUUCAGUCUGCCUGGCGGGAUUCCACAUGGCGAACAUACGCGGCUGCGUGGAAACAGUGGGUCUCGUGGUGUAGACAAAAUGGGAUAACACCUUGCAGUCCUCGCCCUCAGGAUGUAGCAACUUAUUUAGGAUACCUCUCACGUGUUAAAAAGUUAGCGCCUGCUACAAUUUUGGUGCACAAAUCUGUAGUGGUCACUUUAGCGGACCCUACUCACGAGAAUCGACUAGCUAGCCAUCCCUUAGUGGCGGCCAUUUUAAAGGCAAUUAACAUUCAAAGAUGUUCAGCGACAGUGUCAAAGUCGCAAAUUUGGAAUGUUAAUGAUUUAAUUCAGUGGUUAAAUACGAAUGUACCUGACAGAAAUAGUAUUUAUCAGGUCUCCCGACAUUUAGCGAUACUUCUGUUGUUGGCGUCAGGACGUCGUAUUCAUGACCUUACUCUUUUGAGCAUUGACGAUAGACAUUGUGAAAGAUCUGAUUCCUCGAUAACCUUCUGGCCUAGAUUUGGCUCAAAGACUGAUAACUCGAAAUUUCGUCAAUCAGGGUGGCAGCUAAGCUGUUCAGGCGAUCCAAGUUUAAGCUUAGUUAAAUGGACUAAUUGUUUGAUCGACUUAUCGAAACAAAGAAGAAUGGCACGAACUGAUUUGCAUCAUUUGUUUAUAACGACACAUGGCGUAGUAAAAGCAGCCUCACGAGCCACUAUCGCCGGCUGGUUAAAAGUACCUUUUUCAGAACUAGGAAUAACUAGUAGUCCGGGCUCGAUUCGAUCAGCUGUGGCCUCCAAUAAUUUCCAACAUUAUAUGCCUGUCGAUGACAUUCUAAAGAGGGGGAACUGGAGAAGCUCCGAUAAUUUUUUCAAGCAUUAUUGCAAGCCAGUAAGCCAACCUAGAUAUAGUAAAAUGAACCCUCUUAGUGAUUCGUUUACAGCAAUGUAGCUGGGCUUGUUACCUCCUAGUCGAUUAUUAAAACUUAUGUCAUUCCAAUUAAGACUGAAUGUUACUGUUGGAUCUCAUUAUUUUGUUUGUUAAUUUAGAAAGGAUUAUUUUUAAGUUUAGUUUGAAACAUAAUGUAAAAGAGCUUGUCAGCUUAGCUAAGGACAAUAAAUCUCUUGUUUUUUUUAUAUGUCAAGAUACUUGUGUUUCAUUUUAUUUUGGCACACAUUACCCGGUCACAGUACGCUUUAGGGCGCCGGCAGAAGAUAGACACGUCUCCGAAAGGUCAAGCCGAAGGCACAGACCUGAAAUAUAACCGUUUUCCCCCCAGAGGGAAGAAAACGAGUAUUUCAGAUCUUGCCGAGGCUUGACCUGAGCAAGUCCUUGCCGGCUUUCGGAGCUAGGUACUAACAAGAGCGCGCUCGCGCCACACGCGCCACACACGCCUGCCGCCGCCGCGUCCCGCGCAUGCGCGGGACGCGAGGCACGCCUUCUGAGCAGAUCUCACUCACACAAAGGAUAAAGUACGUAAGUAGUAAGUAUGUGUGUACACUAGGG